UUGCCCUCUUUUAGUUGGUGGGUCUUCGUUCCUUCCUCUACCGUCCACCGCAAAGGUGGAAAUAGACUGAGUUGAGAGGGAGAAUCCAAAAUCUCAAAGUCCUUGCAGCUAAAGAUCCCAUUUUUAUCUCUUGUUUCGAUCUUCUUGGUUUCUCUCAAGCAAAUUGAAUUCCCUCAGUUUGCUGAAUUCGACCACUGUUUGACGUGAUCCUGCCGGUUUUCUUCUGUUUCAUGGAUAUGUUCUCUUUACUGAGAAGAGAUGGCGAAUGAUGAUCCCAAGGGGUUUGUAGCGGUUGAAUAAGAGGAGAGGCGAACAAAGGAAGAGAAGCUAUGAGCUUCAGGAGAGGAGGAGAGUUGUCGGCAAGGGGAUUGGUGUCCAAAAAAUGGACUUUGUUGCUCUGCCUUGGAAGCUUUUGUGCUGGUCUACUCUUCACCAACAGCAUCUACUUUUUGGCAAAACUAUGACUCAUCAGAUACUGAGUCUGAACAAUGGUGACAGUUGGAUGAUGCCUGAAGCAAAGGACAUUAUCAAGACAACAGGAACCAGAGACAAUAAGAUGAAUCUUGUUGCCAACGACUGUAAUUUAAGAACAAAUAAUGAAAAACAAGAGCCUAAAGAUAUACCCAACAAAAUUUCAAAUGCACAACAAGCGAUACAGACACUAGAUAAAACAAUAUCGAAUUUAGAAUUGGAAUUAGCCGCUGCCAGAGCUGCACAAGAGUCAAUACUCAAUGGUGCUCCAUUGGCAGAGACUCUAAAGGCUACCGAAACUACUGCUCCAAGGAAAUAUCUGAUGGUUAUAGGAAUUAAUACUGCAUUUAGCAGUCGUAGGAGAAGAGACUCAGUUCGUGCUACUUGGAUGCCUCAAGGCGAAAAAAGAAAGAAGCUGGAGGAAGAGAAAGGUAUUAUUAUUCGCUUUGUUAUUGGUCACAGUGCUACCUCUGGUGGAAUUUUGGACAAGGCAAUUGAAGCCGAACAUAGAAAGCAUGGGGACUUCAUGAGGCUGGAUCAUGUUGAGGGCUACCUUGAGUUAUCAGCCAAAACUAAAGUAUAUUUUGCUACUGCUGUCUCCAUGUGGGAUGCAGAUUUCUACAUCAAAGUAGAUGAUGAUGUACAUGUAAACAUUGCAACUCUUGGAGCAACCCUGGCCAAGCACCGGUCAAAGCCUCGGGUGUAUAUUGGAUGUAUGAAAUCUGGUCCAGUCCUAGCUCAAAAGGGGGUGAGAUAUCACGAACCGGAGUACUGGAAGUUUGGAGAGGAGGGAAAUAAGUAUUUUAGGCAUGCUACCGGUCAGCUAUAUGCCAUUUCAAAGGACUUGGCUACUUACAUAUCCGCAAACCAGCAUGUGCUUCACAAGUAUGCAAACGAGGAUGUCUCAUUGGGAUCAUGGUUCAUCGGACUGGAUGUCGAACAUAUCGAUGACCGGAGACUAUGUUGUGGUACUCCACCUGACUGCGAGUGGAAAGCCCAAGCAGGCAACAUCUGUGUUGCUUCAUUUGAUUGGAGCUGCAGCGGCAUUUGCAAUUCUGCCGAAAGGAUUAAGGAGGUUCAUCGGCGAUGCGGGGAAGGCGAAAAGACUGUCUGGAAAGCUGUCUUCUGAAAGAAGCAUCCGUUCGUUGUAUCUGAACAUGUAAGUAUCCGACUUGGAAACAGGGUCACAGUGGAUUUCUUCGAGUGAGGGGCUUUUUCAU